AUGAUAUUCUCAGGAAUAUUCAUACUCACAACGACUAAUCUUUAUCAUGUAGUUGAAAAGCUUAUCGUAUUCGUCGCUAAGAAAGAUGCAAGACCCCUAAAUUUUGCCACAAUUACGACAUAUCGUGUUAUGGUGAGGGCAUAUGAAGUAUGGACCGUGAUGAUAGCAGCAGCCACCACUUAUCUCGUCAUUCUCAUCCAAUUUGGUAAACCAACUUCGAAUUCAACUCCCGAUACUUCGAAUAAUGGAACUCUCCUGAUCAAUACAACCGACCUUCCACUGAUGAUUUCAACGAUAGCAACUGCUUAAAACUGUUUCCAAUAUUGCAACGAAUUUACAUUAAUUCAUCACAAAAUUUAUAUUUAUUUGUGAACGUAUUUUCGUGUGUACAGAAUUUAUUGUUGGCAUAAAUUACUGUUCUUAUAUACAUACAAAAUAAAAUAAAAUAAAUAAAUGUUAGUAGAAACGAUUAUAUUAUUUCAUUGGAAGAAUGUUUACGGUCAAAAAGACAACCUGGUAUGACACGACUUUACCAUCUGGACUGCUGCAGCCAUCUUUUAGUCCAGCCAACGUAGAGGAAAAUUGAAGUUACAGUAGGUCUUCAGGUGUAGACUAUAAAAAUAACAAAUACAAAAAAAGAAAAGUUAAAAAAAUAUAUGUAAAAAUCGGGAGAAUUUUAUCCCUCUCACAGGUAUCGAUUUGUUUUAACAUUUAUUAUAUUCUAGAUAUUGAAUAUGAUUAUUUGAUAGUCGAGUGUAUUGUUUCGAUAUUGUGCUAAAACUAUAGCAUAGAAAAAGUAAUAAAAACAUUCUUGCUGGAAAUUCAAUGCUUUAUAAUUUAUUAAUUUUGAACUUAAUUCUAGCCAGUUGAUUUCACUAUAGGUAUACACUUAAUUAAUCACUGUACACUUAAUUCACUUAAGCCAAUAGACUCCAUUUUGAGCAUUCCUUGACUGUACAACAUGUAAAUAUAUAAAAGAUAAUUUUAAAAUCACUUUAAUAGUUACCCUCCUAUAAAAAUAUUUAUUCUAAAACUGUUCUGGUUUAUAAGUUGGGGUCAUUCUAAUAAAAUCAAUAAUUGGAAGUUUAUUUGUGACUAUCUGGUUAGAAUUAUUUUUAAAAUGAGCGGGGCUGAUUUCCCACAAUUUUCAUGUUUUGUCUUAAUUUCAUGCUGACUUCAGUUGACGUAUGAAG